AUGGCGACUAUCGACCAUGCUGCAUACAGCGAUGAAAUGCCAGUAGAAAUCGCUUCCCCUCUACCGCAAGGCUCUGGCCAGACAGCUCUCAAAGACGUCACCUUUGGAUCGAUUGCUGGUAUAGCCGGUAAAUGCAUCGAAUACCCAUUCGAUACGAUCAAAGUCCGCCUCCAGUCGCAACCUCACGGGGUCCCGCUCCGCUACACAGGACCACUCGACUGUUUCCGCCAGUCCAUACAUUCCGAUGGCUUUCGCAGUCUGUACCGAGGCAUCAGUGCCCCUCUUGCCGGUGCCGCCGUCGAAAACAGCAGUCUAUUCUUUAGCUAUCGAAUAGCGAAGAAUUUGCUGCAGUCGACUGUUUACGCGUCGGACCCUCUCCCAUACAGUGGUUUAUUGCUCAGUGGUGCUUUGUCUGGUGCUUUUACGUCGGUUCUAUUGACGCCUAUUGAACUGGUCAAGUGUAAAAUGCAGGUCCCUAGCACCACUACCUCCGUCAAACCAGGUCCGUUGAAGAUUAUAGCAACCGUAUUCCGACAUCAUGGAAUGUUUGGUCUGUGGCGGGGACAAAUGGGUACAUUGAUACGAGAGACGGGAGGCUCAGCAGCUUGGUUUGGCAGUUAUGAAGCUGUGUCUGCUGUUUUUCGAAGGUCGUCCCCUCCAACCUCUGAGUCGUCAGAGUCAACCCCUCUGGCAGUAUGGCAGCAAAUGCUCGCCGGCGCUACUGCCGGCGUCAGCUAUAACUUUAUAUUCUAUCCCGCCGACACUAUUAAGUCUCGCAUGCAGACCGAAGAAAUUUCAGUUUUGUCGUCCGCAAACCGAUCAUUCUGGACAGUUGGCAAAUCGGUCUGGCAACAUGAAGGGUUAAAAGGGCUGUAUCGUGGUUGUGGUAUUACCGUUGCACGAUCUGCCCCCAGUUCAGCGUUUAUUUUUUCUAUAUACGAAGGAUUGUCCCAUUAUUUUGGGUAG